GAACCAGCAGAGCUUCUUAGCAACUCCCCCCCUCCUCCCCUUUCUCGCGCUCUCUUCCUCCCUCAGACAACUCGCUCCCCCUCUGUCCUCCCCCCUCCACGUAAUUCCGAAAGAGCAGAAGAAAGAGAAGGAGAACAGCAAAGAAGAGCGAGUAGGCACCGGUUGGAGAACAGAAAAAAAAAAAAAGGAGGACUGAAGACGGCCAAAGGGGAUAAAAAGGAUCAGGAUGGACAUCCACAAAACGCAGCGAUUGCGGAAAUUUUCCAGCGCCAUUGGCUGGGCAGUGUGAGUCUUUCGGUCGGGCGUGAUUUCAGCACCGGGGGCUCUGGACAGCACCUCGGGGGUACUUCUGAGCAACCCACAAUCAAGACAGGAACUCCUCCAGCUGCCUGGACCUCUGAAGCUGCCGAAAGCUCUGCUUUGUAUCAGAAAGGCAAGGAUGGUUGCUGUUACUUUGUGAUGAGAUCUGGGAUGAAUUGCUCGCUUUAAAAAUGCUGCUUUGGAUUCUGUUGCUGGAGACGUCUCUUUGUUUUGCCGCUGGAAACGUUACAGGGGACGUUUGUAAAGAGAAGAUCUGUUCUUGCAAUGAGAUAGAAGGGGACUUACACGUAGACUGUGAAAAAAAGGGCUUUACAAGUCUGCAGCGCUUCACCGCCCCGACUUCCCAGUUUUACCAUUUAUUUCUGCAUGGCAAUUCCCUCACUCGACUUUUCCCUAAUGAGUUCGCUAACUUUUAUAAUGCGGUUAGUUUGCAUAUGGAAAACAAUGGCUUGCAUGAAAUCGUUCCGGGGGCUUUUCUGGGGCUGCAGCUGGUGAAACGGCUGCAUAUCAACAACAACAAGAUCAAGUCUUUUCGAAAGCAGACUUUUUUGGGGCUGGAUGAUCUGGAAUACCUCCAGGCUGAUUUUAAUUUAUUACGGGAUAUAGACCCGGGGGCCUUCCAGGACUUGAACAAGUUGGAAGUCCUCAUUUUAAACGACAAUCUCAUCAGCACUCUACCUGCCAAUGUAUUCCAGUAUGUGCCCAUCACCCACCUCGACCUCCGCGGAAACAGGCUGAAAACAUUGCCCUAUGAGGAGGUUUUGGAGCAGAUCCCUGGCAUUGCUGAGAUCUUGCUCGAGGAUAACCCUUGGGACUGCACCUGUGAUCUGCUUUCCCUGAAAGAAUGGCUAGAAAACAUUCCCAAAAAUGCCCUGAUCGGCCGAGUGGUCUGCGAAGCCCCCACCAGGCUUCAGGGUAAAGACCUCAAUGAAACCACGGAACAGGACUUGUGUCCUUUGAAAAAUCGAGUGGAUUCUAGUCUCCCGGCUCCUCCUGCCCAGGAAGAGACCUUCGCUCCUGGCCCCCUGCCAACUCCUUUCAAGACAAAUGGGCAAGACGAGCAUGCCACCCCAGGGUCUGUUCCAAAUGGAGGUACAAAGAUCCCGGGCAACUGGCAGCUCAAAAUCAAACCCACACCACCGAUAGCAACUGGGGGCGCCAGAAACAAACCCCCAGGCCAAGGCUUGCCCUGCCCCGGGGGCUGCAGCUGUGACCACAUCCCAGGUUCAGGUUUAAAGAUGAACUGUAACAACCGGAACGUGAGCAGCUUGGCUGAUUUGAAGCCUAAGCUCUCCAAUGUUCAAGAGCUUUUCCUCCGAGAUAACAAGAUCCACAGCAUCCGAAAAUCUCACUUUGUGGAUUACAAGAACCUCAUUCUGUUGGAUCUGGGCAACAACAACAUCGCGAACAUAGAGAACAACACUUUCAAGAACCUUUUGGACCUCAGGUGGCUGUACAUGGAUAGUAACUACCUGGACACGCUGUCCCGGGAGAAAUUUGCUGGGCUUCAGAACCUGGAGUAUCUGAACGUGGAGUACAACGCGAUUCAGCUCAUUCUCCCUGGUACUUUUAAUGCCAUGCCCAAGCUGAGGAUUCUUAUUCUUAACAACAACUUGCUGAGGUCCCUACCCGUGGACGUUUUUGCUGGGGUUUCCCUGUCUAAACUCAGCCUGCACAACAAUUACUUCAUGUACCUCCCAGUGGCAGGGGUGCUUGACCAGUUAACCUCUAUCAUCCAGAUAGAUCUGCAUGGCAACCCCUGGGAGUGCUCCUGCACCAUUGUGCCUUUCAAGCAAUGGGCAGAACGUCUGGGCUCCGAGGUGCUGAUGAGCGACCUCAAGUGUGAGACGCCGGUGAACUUCUUUAGGAAGGAUUUCAUGCUGCUCUCCAAUGACGAGAUCUGCCCCCAGCUGUACGCGAGGAUCUCGCCCACGUUAACUUCGCACAGUAAAAACAGCACUGGGUUGGCGGAGACCGGGACGCACUCCAACUCCUACCUAGACACCAGCAGGGUGUCCAUCUCCGUAUUGGUCCCGGGACUGCUCCUGGUGUUCGUCACCUCCGCCUUCACCGUGGUGGGCAUGCUCGUGUUUAUCCUGAGGAACCGAAAGCGGUCCAAGAGAAGGGAUGCCAAUUCCUCAGCGUCCGAAAUUAAUUCCCUACAGACAGUCUGUGACUCUUCCUACUGGCACAAUGGGCCUUACAAUGCAGACGGGUCCCAUAGGGUGUAUGAUUGCGGCUCUCACUCACUCUCAGACUAAGCUCUACACCCUAAAGGAGGAGAAGUGCAGGAGGCAAUACACACUCUGCCGCCAGCAUCUCGUGGGAGCAGGAGAACAUUGACCCAGAUCUGGUGUGUCACAAGCCUCGACGGACAUAAGUAAAUAAAUAACUAUGAACUCACUCCACUAAGAGGCUCUAGCCCCUAAGCUUCCCUCUGAAAACAAAGAGCAGGCUGUGGAGCUGGGAGUGCAGCUAACUCGCUCUUUGCGCCUUUUGACUAAAAGCAUGGGGCCUGCCAGAAGAAUCGAGCGACCUCGCUCUGGGCCAAAGGUCCCUUGGGGCUGGCUGCAGUGGCUCUAUACAUAUAUACAUAUAUCACAUCUAUAUAGAGAGAUAGAUAUCUAUUUUUCCCCUGUGGAUAGCCCGAAGAUGGCUCCCUGUUGGUUAUGCAGGGAUGGGCAGUUGCACGAAGGCAUGAAUGUAUUGUAAAUAAAUAACUUUGACUCCUGACAAGAACAAAAAACAAAAGAAGUGCUGCAUGGCUCGCAUGGAAUCCCGAUGCUCCAGGGACUCUGACCCCCAAUCCCAACGCCCCACUGAGACUGGAGACAGCGUCACAGCACCCAUCCUCUUACCUGAUAAGUCCCAUCGUAUCAAACUUUCUAUAAACAAAUUACAGUAUAAUCAGAAAGUGCCAUUUCGCCAUUAUUUGUGAUUGGUAGGCAGUUCAGAGAGUAUGUUUACUGUGAAAAAAAAAUGUAAAGGUUUUAUUUAAGACAUUUGCAUGGCUAGUCAUCAGUCCAUUUUAUGAGUUAACAAUGUAUUUUGUUGAGCAAAGUUUUUAAGGGUUGUCUUGGAUUAUCUUAUUUUGACGGUGAUGUUUGUUUUUAUUUUAGUUUCUGAGGGGGAAUAUUUUUCUAUACAUAUCCAAUAAUGCCUUCCAUCUGAAUGUAAAAUAAGUACCCAUGAUUUCUAUUAUAGUAACAGUGUAAUUAUUUAAGAAAAAAGAUUCUGGGGCAGUUAAGCAUGACCAAUUAAUGUCAUUCUAGUGCUUAGGCUGCGAUCCUAUGGUAGCAAUUGUGUGCUGGUAUAAAUCUUACUUAUAAAGUAGGAACAAAGAACUGAGGAAGCACGUGAAACUUACUAAUUCUAUUCGAGGAUUUUAUAAUGGCAUAUUUUUUCAGUAUUAAAGUGAAAAUGUUUUCAAA